GUUCCGGUGUGUCUCGUGGUGGUUAGCUCGGAGCUAAAGCUAAAAACACUGAGUGAAAAUGUGUAAAAGCCGCACUCUGAGAGCUCUGGUGAAGGAGCGGCUGACUGCGGCAGCUGAAGACAUAUUUGCGCUGUUUGAAAGAACGAUAGCGGAGUAUGAGGAGGAACUGUGUCGCUCCAAAGAGGAGAACCAGAGGAACCAGGAGCUGCUGGAGGCUCUGAGCCCGAGAGUCGUGCUGGUCAGAGCGGGUGUCCACAUGCCCUCCCUGAGCCCUGGCCCAGGUCCAAACCAGGAAAUCCCAGAGACUCUACAGAGUAAAGAGGAGCCAGAGGAACAGAGCGUCAAACAGGAGGAGGAGCAGCUGCCAGUUGUCCAAGAGUCCAGUGCUGUCUGUGUGAAGACAGAAGACUCCUCACUGCAUCAACAAAGACAACCUGAACCCAGAGAGGAAACACGGGGAGAGGACAUCAGCACAGAGCCACAUUUACACCCAGAGACUGGGGGACACACGGAGCACUGCUCUCACACUGACAAUGAGGAAGACUGGACAGCUCCAUUCAGCUGUUCAGCUGCACAGAUGGAGACAGAGGCUGAUGGAGACCACUACAAUCAAGUCCAGAUCAGAGCCACAAGCUCCACUGGACCAAACUCAGGUCUGUCUCCCAUAUACAAGUCUGCACCAGAGACCAGUGUCACUGUGAACUAUGGAGAUAUGUCAGGAACAGCUGAAGGAGCUGAGGACAAGAAACACCAGUGUCCUCUUUGUAAAGUGACAUUUAGGAUUAAACAGAGUUUAGAAAUACACAUGAGAGCUCACAGAGGAGCGAAAGUUCACAGCUGUUCAUAUUGUCCAAAAAUAUUUGCCCAAAGGUCUGGUUUAGAAACACACAUAAGAGUACAUACAGGCGAAACUCCAUACAGCUGUUCAGUCUGUGAGAAAUCAUUUAAACAAUUGUCUUCACUAAAUUACCACAGACUGACACAUACAGGUGAGAGACCAUUCAGCUGUUCAGUUUGUCAUAAAACGUUUGCUCGUAAAAAUAAUCUAAACGCACAUAGUAGAGUACAUACAGGUGAGAAACCAUUCAGCUGUUUAUUAUGUGAGAAAUCAUUUGCCCAAUUGUCUUCACUAAAUUACCACAGACUAACACAUACAUAUGAGAGACCAUUCAGCUGUUCAAUUUGUCAGAAAACAUUUGGCCGUAAACAUAGUCUAAAUGCACAUAAAAGAAUCCACACAGGAGAGAGCCCUUACAGCUGUUCAAUCUGUGGGAGAUCAUUUAAACAGCUGACUGGACUAAAUUAUCAUAGAAAAAAACACACUCUGGAGGGAUUCUGUGUAAUUCCUCAGUCGUCCAGGUCUGAGCCAUAGCAAAGAAAAAAUCUGUCAACUGGACAAAAUGCUGUAGGAGUAAAGACGUUGGGCUGCUCAUCCAAGCCACUUCUUCAGUUCUGGUCAGAUUACUGCUGGACACUGCCUUAUAUCUAUCUGAAGAGAGGAACUAACUACACUGAAAACUACAUUGGAAACACCUUUUGUUUACAGUUUCUGUUUGUAGACUAGGUCUAUUGAGCUACUAGGUGUGCACUGUGCCUGAGUCCUACGUGGCAUAGUCAUUCAAGCCCCUAAUGAGUGAUUUCACACCGAUUAGCGUCCUGGCUAGCCCUAUUGAUUUCUUUGUUCUCUUUGUUUGCUUUGGGUCUGGAUGGAGUUAUAAAUGGGGGACGGAUAGGCUCCCAUUCCUGUUUAAGGAAGGAUUGUCUUUCCUAACAAAAAUAGCUUUUUUUUAAACUCCUCUUAACCAUUUCUUUUUGUCCAGUUGAAAGAUUUUAUUUUUCUUUGCUACACUCUGGAGAGAGACCUUUCACCUGUAAAAUUUGAGGCUCUAAAAGGCUGUAUGAUAACACACAGGUUAAAAAACAUUCAGCUGUUUAAUCUGUAAGAGAACCUUUGCCUAUAGUUUUAGUUCAGAGUCACACAAAAUAAAGCAUACUGGAAAAGAAACCAUUCAACUGUUCAGAGCGUGAAGCUGCUGUGUUCAUGUGACAUUAGAACAUUCUAAAGAGCCUACAGUUCAAAAUGGUGCUGGAGGACAGACAGAACACAGGGGUGGAUUUAAAAUGCAGAUGUUUGGACCAGGUUUAUGGUAAAUCUCUGUGUACGUCUUGAGUCUAAUGUCCAUGUGAAAUAAAAAUAACUCCCACAAUA